AUGGUGAAUUGGAAUGAGAGUGAAGUGCUUAUAGAUAAAAAAUCAAAGUUUCAAGGUCGUGCAACCGUUUUAAAAUCUGCUCAAGAUGUGGAAACAUUAUUAGAAGAUUUGGUGAAUAACGAUAAAUCUAUUCAAAAGGCAACUCAUAAACAUAUGUAUGCAUGGAGAGUUGGAUCGGAACAAAAAGGGAAAAUCAUUGCUACAAAUCAAGGUAUGAGUGAUUGUGGUGAAAGUGGAGCCGGUAUUAGGAUCAUGACAUUAUUGGAAAGAUCUAAAUUGGUUAACGUAUUGGUUAUUGUCUCAAGAUGGUAUGGAGGUACGGCGUUAGGUCCUGCUAGGUUUAGACAUAUUACUACAACAGCUGUGGAAAGUUUAAGGAAAGGUGGGUUUUUGAAAGAUGGUGAAAAUGGUGAUGAUAAUGGAGAUGGUGAAGGAUCUAAACAUGAAAAGAAAAAAUCUAAAAAGAAGAGGAAAUGA